GCAAGGUGCUGCUGUAGGGGGGAGGGGGCGUACGCACGCCUUCGCUGCAGGUCCCCGAACCAACAGGCUCUGACAAUGAGGAAAUAAAGCAAACUCCUGCUUGUGCCCUAUUAGGUCCGCGGGAGGAGCAACAACUUCUUGCAAAAGGAAGAAGUGCUGCGCGGAACAGCCAAGUUAAACUGUCCAUUACUGAGCAACUAGUUCGAUUUUCUGCACGGCUCAGAGAUGCCAAAUAAGAAGAAAAAACACAACCGACAUGGAAAGUCAAAAGGGAAAGCAGCAGGCCCAGGCGCGGCCCCAGCUGGGAGUCAGAAGGGAGAUGCCAGCACGGCGUCGGCCACAGCUGCCCCAGGGGCCACAUCUCAACCCAAACAGACCACGCCCACCCCAUCGGCGCAGGUCUCCACCAUGAAACCUGCCGAAUUUGAGAAAGCAGCCACACCAUCCACCACAGCCCCGGCCUCACAGCCGGCGGCAACAGCCACGGCGGUCAGCGCGGCCGGAGCAGCUGCCACGGUCAGCACAGCGGCCACGGUCAGUGCAGCUAGCACAGCCGCUACGGUCAGCACACCGGCCACGGUCAGCACUCCGGCCACGGUCAGCACUCCGGCCACGGUCAGCACACCGGCCACGGUCAGCGCGGCUAGCACAGCCGGAGCAGCUGCGAAACAGGAAACACCGGUGGUUACAGUGCCGAAGGAGUCUCCCAAGACGAAACCUCUCUCUCCCACCAAAGCUGCACCCACAAAGGCUGCUGUAGAGACAGUUGGUGCAGCUGAGGUCAAGGGGAAACCAGAGCAGGCGAAGCCGAAAGACAGCCCAAAACAGCCCGCAAAGCCGGCACCUGUCUCUCCUGCGAAAGCCGUGCCAGAAAAGCCUACAGCUGGGGCAGCCAGCGCAAUGGUGGCCCAGGCAAAACCAGAGGAGGCAAAGCCGAAAGAGACUCCCAAAGAUGCACCAAAGAGCGCGCCCAUCUCUCCCAGCAAAGCACCGCCUGCGAAGGUUGAACCUGCAAAGCCUGCAGCAGCUGGAGGGGCCGGGACAGCUGCAGCCGCCAAGGGAAAACCAGAGGAGGUGAAAGCUAAAGAGACGCCAAAGAGUGUGCCAGCCUCUCAGACCAAAGAGCAGGCUGCAAAGGUUGAACCUGCAAAGCCUGCAGCAGCAGCUGGAGCUGCAGCCGUUAAGGGGAAAUCCGAGAAUGUAAAGGCCAAAGAGACGCCCAAGAAGCAUGAUGUGGACCCCUUUGAAGCUCUGGCUGAUAGUUUGCCCUCCUCAGACCCCCUCGUCCCCACAGCGCCUGUAUUCACUGGCCCAGAAGUCAAAGAGCAUGACAUCACGAGUGAGAAGGGAGUGCUGUGUGGGGAGAGAGAGAGCACGCUUCCUCCUGGAUACAGGCUUGAAGACAUGGAAAAGAAAGUCCCUCCAGGCAAACGGGAUGACAAGCCCAAAGAAAUUCCCACGAAACCCUUGAGCACAGACGAAGCACUAGAGUCUCUCUCUGCUGGCUUCACAAGCUCUGCAGCUCCCAUUGCCAAAAAGGAGGAGGCGGUUGUGGAGGAUGUUGCCGCCAUCGACGCCCUGUCCGCUGGUUUCUCUAACUUCGCCCCACCUCCUGCGCCCACACAGAAGAAAGCAGAGGACAAGGCUCCUGCAGCUGUUCAGUCUACACAUCUCCCCAAGUCACCAGCGCCCCCUGCGGACAAGAAAGCCAAAGUGGAAAAGGUUGCAGAUGACUUCUCACUGAUGGGGGCUAUGGGAUCUCCGACCAAGGUGGAGGAGGGUGCCGAAAUGUCUCUGGAUGCUCUCAGCGCUCUUGGGGACACGCUGGGUGCCCCUGAACCUAAGCCAGAGUCCCCCAAACUCCGGCCUGAGGACAUUGUCGCGGAGGAGAAGCUAAAGAAAGAGAAGGGAGUGAGAGUUGGAGAGAGAGAGGACUCCAUCCCGCCAGAGUACAGGUUCAAAGAGGACAAGCUGAAAGAUCUGCCUCCUCCCAAAAAGGAGCCCUCGAUGGAUGCAGGAGAGGCCCUGGACAUCCUAUCUGGAGAUUUUGGGUUUCCUGCAGCUGCCCCUGUGGUCCAGGCCCCCAUUACCACCCCCUCAGCUCCCCCUAAGCAGCCAAAAGUGGAUGAGCUAAUGGCUCUUGAAACCCUGGGAGGUGAUUUCGUCGCCCCCACAAAAGCAGCUGCUGUCCAGGCUCCAGUGGGCCCCCCCACCAAGCCCCCCCCUCAGAAAGCCCCCCACACCUCUCCUCCUGCCCCUGUAGCCCCUGCCCCAGCAGUCAAGACUGAUGAGGGUGCCGAAAUGUCUCUGGAUGCUCUCAGCGCUCUGGGGGACACGCUGGGUGCCCCGGAACCUAUACCAGAGCCCCCCAAACUCCGGCCUGAGGAUAUUGUCACGGAGGAGAAGCUAAAGAAGGAGAAAGGGGUGAGAGUUGGAGAAAGAGAGGACUCCAUCCCACCAGAGUACAGAUUCAAAGAGGACAAGCUGAAAGAUCUUCCACCUCCCAAAAAGGAGCCCUCGAUGGACGCAGGAGAGGCUCUGGACAUCCUGUCUGGAGAUUUCGGCUCCCCUGCAGCUGCCCCUGUGGUCCAGGCCCCUGUCACCAUCCCCUCUGCCCCCCCUACAGAGUCUUGCUCAGACUUUGCUCUGGAUGCCCUGGUGGGAGAUCUCGUCGCCUCUGCAGCUGCCCCCUCAGUCCAGUCUGCUGCAACCCCUCCAGUUCAAGCUGAACGGCAGUUGUCUGUAGGGACGACGGAUGCUCUGGAUGCUCUAUCGGACACCCUGAUGGACACCACCCCCGUCCCCGAGCCCGCCCCUGUCCAAGUCAAAGACAUUGUUAAGGAGAAGAAAAUAGUAGAGGAAAAGGUGAAAAAGACAGGAGAGAGAGACGACACUCUCCCACCAGAAUUCCAGCCCUCAGAAAAAGACAUACAGGAAAUGGAGAAGGCUAAAGCCAAGGCCAAGGCAGACGUUAGACCUAAGAAGAAAUCCAUCGAUGAGGCUGCUGCUCUUGAGCUUCUGUCCGAUGAUUUCUCUGCUCCAGCUCCUCCGGCUGCUCCAGCUGCUUCCCCGCCCAAAGCAUCAGCAGCAGUAGCUGGUCCCCCAACGCAGUCGGCUGCUGCCUCUGCAGAGUCACCGAAGGCACCAGGCCCUGUCUUGGACGCCUUGUCAAGCACCCUGCUGCCAAGUGCCAUGGAGUCCCAGCCCAAAGUCCAAAGCCCUGUGUCAGAGAAGCCAAAGCCCAAGAGCGGAAAGUCCAAGUCUAGAUCAAAGAAACAGGCAGUGGAAGACACGUCAGCCAUCGAUAACCUGUCGGGACAGCUAGGGUCUGACGUGGUGCCCACCUCGCCCACUAAAAAAAGCAGUAAAAGCUAGACCUCUGAGGUUCCUAGUGCCAAACACUUUCCCUGCUGCCUGACGACCUUCGCGAAUGUAUGGAGCGUGGGCACCACCGCAGGGAGCUGCUCUGACAGAACUGUUCUCAAAUUUUUUUAAGGGUUGAAAAAUAUAGAAGAUAAAAAGCCAAUCGUGCUCACACAGUCUGAGAAACGCCUUUUCUGCUUUAUUUCAUACACGACAGAAGAUUGUCGCUGCUUCGGUUUCUAGUUUACUGGCUUUUGAUGUUCUCCUACAAGAAACCCAGAGGGUCUCCUCCUUUCACGGGUGUCCUAGUGAUUAUGGUGUUGCUGUCCGAAGCUUACCUGUUCUCAGCGUGUGGGGCAAAAUCUAUGGGAGGCAUUGCCUUCCUACUGGCACACAGUGCUCUCUCAACGUUUCUGUACGGUUUUAGAAAUGUUUUGGGAACAGUGUGUGCCGGCUGGGUGUGUGGCAGUACAAGGGUGAACAGAAUUUUAAAACUUGUUUUUACAUUGUCAGAACAUGGAACGUGGUGAAUGAAUCUGUAUUAGGAUGUAAUGGUGCACAAGUGCUGAGUGUAUAUUCACUGAUCUUUAUACAUUGUGGAUCAACUGAUAGUGUGCACAGUCAAGUUCCAUCCAGAUGAUAUAGAGGUCACUUAACCUGCCAACAUGACUCCUGAAAACAUGACCACUGGUAUGAGUUUCCUGUUUUUAGCACCAUGCAAAUAAAGACACUAGUGUACAGCACAGCGUGUAUAGGUAUUAAAUACAUUUAAUUCACAAAACCAAGGUAUGUAAAGGAUCUUACAACAAAUUAUCUGAUUUAUUACUUUUUUAAAAUUGCUGCCAUUCUCAUUUUUCCAUUUCAUUCUUUUACACAACAUAUAAAAGAAGGGGCUGUUUGUGUAUACUGAUAGGCUUUUAAAUGCAUGCAUCAGUUUCCUGAAGUGCACUUAAGGAUGAUCCCUGCAGUUCUUGUGGAUACUGCCACUGUGUUACACUGUACACAUAUCUUCAGCUGGGUUAAAGUUAUUACCAACACUUAAGUGCAUAGUAUUACAUUUCCUUCCUAUUGUUUUAUUAAAGAUGCAUCUCAUUUAAGCAGUAGUGAGUUUAUUGAAAAUAACGAUAAUGCAAUGUUUGGUUUACAGAGCGUUGACCAUGGCAAUAUGACGGUUUUUUGGCUCUUCCGUUAAUGUUUAAUCAGUUUACCCAUUACGAAUAGAAAUGUUGCCUUUGUGCCAUCAUUACCCACGUUAUGGUUUUCUUUUAUAAUCAAAUCCACAAUGUAAGUUCUUUGUUCAAAUUGCCAACUAAGCGGCAAUGUUUUAGGGAAUUGGAAUUUUGUUCAGGUGAAAAUCGCAAUAAAAUGCAAGGACCGUUUUUGGCUGAGUUGGAUUCCUCUCCAAAAAUCUAAAAUGCAUGGGUACUUCAUUCAAUCAAGUUCAUCCAUUAAAUUUCUAAGACAAACUGCACGUUCGUAUAU